CUUUACUUCUUAAGCUUAUUUGGUCAGUUCAGAAUCUUCGAAUUUUCCUCCCGAGAAUUUCCACAAGAAACCUUUCAGUGUGGGGUUGCUGUGGAAAGAUUUCGGUUAGGUAUCCAACUUCGUCAACGAAGUAAUUCCUGGAGCAUUGUUGCUACAAAACUUGUUGUCACAGCAACAGGGGAAGUCCUCAAGGUUGAGAAACUGUGGAAAUCGAGGUCUGAAACCUGGUCCUUCCGGGUUUUCAAAUUCUAUUCAUCAGGAUUCCUGAAGAAACAUAAUCGGAUUUAUUCUUUGGGCGACGAGUCAAUGCUUUUGGAUCAAGGCAUCACAGUUCUCGCCAAUGACACUGAUGGAUUCAUUAAAAAUUCCGUCUACUUCAGUGAUACUCAUGGAAAGGACGUACAUGGCAUCUUUCUUUUUAAUCUCGAGACACAGAAAACAGAGCUGUUGCACAAAUAUGACUGUUCUUCAGUUCAAUUCUCUAGAGCUAGAUGGUUCUUACCAAGCUUUAGGCAAGCGUGACUGAUCUUUGCUAUGUUCUACUCUUCAAUAAUAUGUUUUCUUAUAUGUUUUU